UUUUUUUUGUUUUUAUUAAUCGAUUAUAUCGAACGCGGAAGUGGUCUAGUAUUUUGAUUUGACUAUUCUUCAGUAUCGAGUUGCGAAACAUGGUUCAUUUCUUUUCUAGGAUUUAUAAAAAUGACUAAAUUAUGGUGAAUGAUACGUCGUAACCGUGAUAAGUGAAAUACGUCCUAAUAUGGCCUCAAGAGGUGAUAAAGGGAACGGUAAUGGCGAGGAACAAAUAGUAGAGACCCUGGCAGAGGUGUUUCGUUGUUUCAUUUGUAUGGAGAAGCUGGUUGAUGCACAUUUAUGUCCUCACUGCUCAAAACUGUGCUGUUAUGCGUGUGUGAGACGAUGGCUAACGGAACAGAGGUCACAGUGUCCCCAUUGUCGAGCUGCCCUGCACUUACAUGAGCUCGUCAACUGCCGUUGGGUGGAGGAAGUUACUCAGCAGAUUGAGACUAUGCAACAGCAGCAUGUUCAGUUAUGUCUCCAAUGUCCUACACACCAAGAGAGGCUGACUGUCUACUGUUGGACGUGUCGUCGCUGCAUAUGCCAUCGCUGCGCUCUGUGGGGUGGUACACACUCUGGUCACACAUUCAAGCCACUUGAGGAGGUGUAUGAGCAACAUGUGACGCAGAUACGGGAUGAAGUUGCUCAACUCAGAAGACGAUUAAUGGAACUAAUCAGCUUGGUGCAGGAUGUGGAACGUAAUGUGGAAUCGGUACGAUCUGCGAAAGACGAACGAGUCCGCGAGAUAAGAAAUGCUGUGGAACUUAUGAUAUCUCGCUUGGACUCUGCACUGAAAGCCAAACUUCUCACUCUGAUGGGGCAGAAGAAUAGCCUGACUCAAGAGACUGAACAACUAGAGCAUUUAUUGCAGGAGAUUGAACGACAAAUACACACCAGUACAAGAUCUGAACUGAUAGCAAGGAGUGGUGAAUUAUUGAAGACGAUUCAUCAAGUCCGCAAAAAGCCGAUGGCCAGCUUUGUGACUGCACCAGUACCGGCCGAUUUUCAUAGUGAAAUUGUGCCGAGCUACGACAGCAGCACGUUCCCGCUGACGAACUUCACACAGUUGCGUCACGGCGCGUCGCCCGUGUACUCGGCGCCGUUGCACGUGAACGGACUCUGCUGGCGGCUCAAGGUGUACCCCGACGGGAACGGGGUCGUGCGCGGCAACUAUCUCUCUGUGUUUCUGGAGCUCAGCGCGGGCCUGCCUGAGACCUCCAAGUACGAAUAUCGCGUGGAGAUGCUACACCAGGGUUCCCAUGACCCCACCAAGAACAUCGUGCGUGAGUUCGCGUCCGACUUCGAAGUGGGCGAGUGCUGGGGUUACAAUCGGUUCUUUAGGCUCGACCUUCUCGCUAGCGAGGGGUACCACUGCACCGAUACUGAUACCCUCAUACUGAGGUUCCAAGUACGACCGCCCACGUUUUACCAGCGUUGCCGUGACCAGCAGUGGUACAUAAACCAACUCAUAGCCAUGCAGAACCAGCACAUCCUGCAAAUAAAUGAUCUCAAAGAACGCCUCACGCUGGAGAUGUCCCGCAACUCGCUGCCGGCGCGGCGCGGGGCCUCCGGCGGCGCGGGGGCCGCGGGGGCGGCGGGGGGCGCGGGGGCCGCGGGGGGAGAAGCCGCGCCGCAGGACAACCCGGUGGACGGCGCCCUCAGCGACCCCAACGUGUUCGGCGCACAGUGGAAGUUCGCCACGCCACACAACAUCAUCAGCGGCCAGAGGCUGAACAGUCCAGGUGUUUUAAAUACGGCAAUGCUGUGCGAAGAGAGCCGCAACAACGAGGUGCCCAGUGUGUCGGGAUGCAGUAGCGCGGGCGCGGGGAUAGCGGCCGCGGGGGCUGCGGGGGUGGCUGGAGCUGCGGGGGUCCCGGGGGCCCCGACCGCGGUCACGUGUCCGUACGGUGAAGCGCUCGACCGCCGUCUGUCGCAGUACGCGACGCCCGCGCACUCCGCGCACGUGCACGCACACGCCUCGCAUCAGCACGCGCUCGAUGCUGCCUAUGGGCUUCCCUCCACCUCCAGAUCGGCGAAUUCCCUGCACGUGGCGGGCACGGACAACAUGGCGUUAGUGAGUUUGCACACGUUGCUGAGCGCGGCGAACGCGCCGAGCCGCGUGCCGAGCAAGCUCGCCGGACGGCAGGCGCGCGCAGACCGCCGCCACCACCUGCCGGCCAAGGACUCCAACACGCUCACCUGCGUGGCGAGCAGCCCGGCGGCGGAGGCAGGCGCGGCGGCGGGCGGGGCUCCGCUGGCGGCGUCCGCGUCGUCGCCCGAGCUCGGCGCCGCGCACACGCCCGCUAACAACGACGCCGCGCACGCCUCCGAGUCCAGCAGCGACACCGGGGAGUUAAUGUUCAGCGAACUAGAGGUGUUCGCAGACGACAGCACCCACAACAAUGUGGACGAGAACUCAAAUGAGGAGAACGAUGUGGACGAUGAAGCGAUGUCCGGUGAGAACGACAUCGAGGGCGCGUGCGGCGGCGGCGGCGGCGGCGGCGGUCAGAGCGACAUCCUGAGCCGGCUGCUGUGCGCCGUGACGCCGGCCGGCUCCGACGGGCCGCGCGCCGCCCAGCACCACCGGGACCUGCAGGACCCGCAGCUCUCCACCGCCGCGCACACCGACAUGCUGCUGCUCAACCUCAUGCGCAUCAACGGACUCACGCCCAAGCACACCCGACACGGUCCGAAGCGCAACUGGGCUUCGACGAGCGCGUCCCUGGAGAGCGUGCCGGCGCGGGGCCCGUCCUCGGGUCCCCCGGGGCCCGGGGCGCGGGCGCGGCGCGCGGCGGGAUGGGGCGCGGGGGGCGCGGGGGGCGCGGGGUCCUCGCGGAGGCAGCCACGUGCGCCGCUGUCGCCCGGACAGCUGCGGCACCGCUCUGACUCGCACCGUCCCUCUGCGUACGGUCCACGUGUGGGCCUGACCCCACCGAGUACCCCAGAGCGUUGCACCGUGUCGCCAGUAUCGAACCUAUCCCUACAUGACUACUGGCCUUCGGUUUCAUCCAUCUCCGACAAUGACGAGGUCGAACUCAUUUUGGACUACAACGACACCCUGUUCGACAUGCUGCUGAACAGCCUGUCACUGGAGAGCUCGGGCGCGGUACUGGAGAGCAGCGAGGAGAACGUGCGCCCACCCACGCCGCCCGUGCAGCCCUGGAGCCCGCCCGCCGCCGCGGGCCCCGCGGGCCCCGGGGGCCCCGCCGGCCCCUCCAGCCCCUCGGGCCCCGCGGGCCCCGCCGGUCCCCCCGCCCGUGACGCAGAUUGA